CUGCGAUACCCCGAGGACUCAGCCACUCCUGCUGUGUGAUAUGCGAUCUGGUCGAAGGACAUGACGAAAUGUCCGAAGGAGUUUGCAUCGGCCAUAGAAACGUUGCAGAGCUUAGUGCCAGGCCAUCCGAGCUUGCAGUGGCUACCGCUGCGAUACCUUGAGGACUCAGUGCUGUUGCCGGUUCCUACCACCGCCCCUUCAGGACCGGUGGCUUCGCCCAAUUUUGCGGCUCCAGCUGUGCGGGUCACGGUUCCGCGUCCCGCAACAGCACGUCCGGCAGCCCCGCCGUUUGCACCGCUGGCUGGGACACCAGGCGCUCACGAUGUGGAAGUUGGUCGUAUCGCGCCAGCCAACGAGCCCCCACCUGUGAGGGAUGGUGUAGGCUCUGCGGCAUUUGACGAGGAGAGCACACGUGCUUUUAUUGAAAGUCGCAUGUGGGGGAGGGAUGUCGGCACUUCAGUCGGAGUCACCCCUGUGUUCAAAAGUGCGAGACAGUCACAUGCCGCCUGGGUGGCGGAACACGGGGUGCCUGCCGAGGAGGUCCCCCCUUCGGUGUCCGAUUCAUCGCCGACCCUGGUUCCGACAACGACAGGUGCUGGUCGGUCUGCUCCACCCAUGUUGACCGGAUCAUUAGAUCCUUUGCAACGCAUUCGCGACCUUGCAGCUGCCCAGAGCGAGGCACCUGGCGGGUUGUUGGAUGUCGAGGUCCUCGGGGGGAGAGACACGACGGGACGAGGCCGGGGCACUUAUAGGCAGCAGGCCGUCACCUCAUAUUAUUCGGACCCUUUGGAGCGCGCGUGGCAUCUGCAAAUCAUGCGGUUCAUCGUCGAGAGCGGGAUGUCGUUCAACUGCACGAAGCUUGAAAGCUUCAAACGUAUGUUCACGAUGACCAUCCUGCCGGGGGUUCCGAGGGCGCCCACGCCUAAACUUCCCUCCUACCACAUGCUGCGCACGACCCUUUUGGACGAGCUGGAUGGUGAGGUCCAGAAGUGUGUUCGGCCGGUGCUUGACACGUCGAGAAAGACUGGUUGCACAAUCAUGAGCGAUGGUUGGAGCAACAUCCGGGGUCAAACGUUGUGCAACUACCUUGUUGGGACAGAGAUUGGGGUAGCGUAUGUGGCUACCGACGUCAUGCACGGCAAAAAGGAUGCCAGUGCCCUCGCGAACGCAUGGUUGAAAAGGGUGAAGUCCAUGUACAUUGACUUGAGCGACAUCACAACGUUCGUGACGGACUCCGCCGGGGUGAACGUCGAGGCGAUGAAGGUUUUCCAAAAAGAUGAGAGCGUGAAACACAUCUUCUGGAUUCCUUGCGUCGUCCACAUCAUGGACCUCAUUCUCGAGGACAUCGGCGAGAUUGAUUGGGUGACUUCCCUCAUUGCGCAAACGAGGCUGGUUACAAGGUUCUUCAAGCGCCAUGGAUAUGCUAGAGAGGUUCUUGAGGCGUACUCGAAGAAGACUCUUUUGCUGCCGGCGGAGACGCGUUUCGACACGAACGUCAUCAUGAUGACGAGGCUGGUGAAACUGCGGGCAGAGUUGACACAGGUUGUAGGCGACGAUCACUGGCGUGAGACUGUUUGGUCGACCAUCAAGAUCGGCAAGGACGCCGCAGAGGUCACUGCAUGUAUCGGCUCCCCUCCAUGGUGGGAGAAUUUAAGAGCUCUGUGCAAGAUGCUCGAGCCCAUCAUGGACAUGCUGAGAUUGGUGGACAGCGACACACGCCAUAUCAGCAAGAUCUGCGACGCCUUGGUCAAGGCCCUGGUCCAGUUCGGCUACCCAGAGGGAUCGCCUCAGCACCGGGAGGUCCAACGAGCGGUCAUCAAGCUCCACACGAGGGAGCCUCCUUUCGAUGAGCUCACCAUACGGCGAGCGAUGGAUACCUUCGAUCACCCUGCCAGUUUUUUGUCCUCAAAGAAGGCGAAGUUCCCUCACACGGUCGUGUUUGCAGGCAAGAUCCUUCGUAUCUGGGCGACCACAUCACCGUGCGAGAGAGCCUGGUCUCAUUGGAGCUUCAUUCAUUCGAAGUCUCGCAACAGGUUGGAGGUUCCCCGGGCAGAGAAGCUUGUGCGGUGCCACUGGAACCUCAGGCUACUCGAUCGACCUUCGUUGUGCGACGAUGGUGCUGGAGAGAGACCCGGUGUCAGGACUGGGAUGGCAUCUGUUCUGCACCACACUAGCGGCGGGGCAAAAUCCGAUGUGGCUUCUGGAGGGAGCAGAGACAAGGACUCGGAAGGCAGGGUAGGGAAAGGGAUGGCGUCAGAAGAGGAGGCCGAAGGGUUGCCGAGCAAGGGGAGUCAGGGCACGGAUAGAGGCGGGCAACGGAACGAAGGGUCAGUAAGGGAUCGAGAGUCGGCAAAACCAGAGGGGACCAGGGAAGACGGGAAGGACCUUUCGACAGGGGAAAGUUUGGGGAAAGUCGGGGAAAGCAAAAGAGGACCCCAACAAAGCAGGAAAAAAGGGGACAACGGCAGGACGAGUCCUCAAAAUUCUGACAGAACCACACCCAAGAAAACGAAAGUCUCGGAUGCACGACGUAAGCUGGCUGAAAUAGAAAAACGGACCGCAGAAUAUAAGGCAAGGCGUAUCGAGGAGAUGAUGGCUGGGAACGAAGGAAACCUUUUGGGAGAAGGGUCACGAGAGGAACGCAGGGUCAUUCACGGCGAAGUCGGGCACGGAGGGAAGGAUAGUAGUCAUAAGGGGACUCCUAGCAAGAAAGGAAAGGAGAAGGGGGACUCCCUGUCCAUAAAAGCCGAAAAAGCUACAACCCCACCUGCUAUGGACAGUGGUGCUAGCCGUUGGACCACUACGCCGAAAGUAACUAACGGGUGCGACGGACUUUGGAGUCUUAGAGAAAGGGUGUUAGGAUGGUUUGAUCCAGAGGGUAUGCCAAAGUCCGGGGAAAAGCAGAGGGAUAGCAAGGAAGGAGAAGGGACCAGUAUGGUCGGUGAAGCGGGGAGCUCCCAGGGGGGUAUCAAGAGGAUAGUAGCCACCCUCACCCGGGCUCUGAAUAAGAAUCAGGGGUAUCUUGCGGAUGCCAAGAAGAAACUUACCUUCGACGGGGCAAACAUUACGGAGUUCCUGAUAGACUAUGAGAACCUGGCAGCCUUGCUGAAAUGGACUGAGGAAAAAAACAUGGAUCACUUAGGGCAGCACGUGUCGCUCCGCUUAGGAAGGGACAUUAUGGCUAUUGUCGCCUCUAGUGAAUCCUGGAAAGAGACCCAGAACGAGAUGAUGAGGAAGUACCUGAAGGCAAAGAAAAUGGCAACAGAAGCCGAGUUGGCGGCAGUCCAAAGGAAGAACUAUGCGACUUACAACGACUUCCUAAGGGCGUUUACUCUAGUGGCACUACGAAUUCCUGGAGUAACAGACCGUAUAAUGAUCGGGGUUUGCAUCACGCCGGAGGGAGUAGAGGAUGCGGAGCCGAUUGACGCCUUCCUGGAGUACGAAGGGAGGACCCUUGUCGUAGACAACGAGAUGGCAGGCGCCGCUCCUACAAUGGAUCAACUGCUGAUUCAGAGCCUGGAAAAGGGCGCGCCCACUGUAGUUGCGGAACUCAGGGAGGGGCCAGUCACCACGAUUAGACGCAAGGAUGAGAAAGAUUCAUGGGGGGCAAUGAUCGGGCCGAAAGAGGAGCUGAUUGCGAUGGCCGUUGAAGGGGGUCGAGAUGCUGUGAUGAACCUAGCAGAGACCUGGACGCAAAGGGAGCGGCGGUAUCUAGUGAAUCAGGCUCAGGAGGGGCAAGACACAGAUCAGCAGGGACGAGAAUUCUUCCUUAUACAAAUGUAUAAUGGCAUCUUUAGGGAAAUCGGUCGGCUGCUUAUAGGAAAUAAGCAGCCUAUGCAAGUCAGCCUCAGGGCAAGGGAGGAAGUCGGGAAGUAUGUUUUGAGGAACGGCCACCUGUUCAAGAAAGAGGAGGGGAUGAUGCCUAGGCGUGUCGUGUGCGGAAGGUCUAGGCAGUUGGACAUAAUCCAGGCGAUGCAUGAUGGGCUAGCCGGAGGGCACCGGUCGUCCAAAGGGACUCUUGCAAAAAUCGCGCCACUUUACUUCUGGCCAGGUAUGGCAGGUAUGGUAGCGGCGUACUGCCAAACGUGUCUGAUAUGCCAAGAAAGGAGCUCCGCACGCAUCUUCGAACCCCUUAGACCAACCCGGGUACUAGGGUCGGCGCACUUGGUCCACCUUGACCUUGCGGUCAUGCCUGUAUCAACGGAUGGAUACAGGUACAUCUUGGAUGCAAGAGCUAACCUCAGUGGUUACGUGGAGGCGAUAGCUCUUAAGAGAAAGACGAGGAAGGGAGUGGCCGACUGGAUAGAGAGAUUCUACCUAAGGCACCCAUUUGUGCGCAGGUUCGUAGCGGAUAAUGGGACGGAAUUUGUAAAUCACGAAGUGCUAAGCAGGUUCAAGACGCUGUGCGUGCCUAUCAAGAUCAUUGAACCAUAUUACCCUGAGGUCAAUGCACCAGUAGAAAGGGGGCACCGGACCUUGAAAAACACAAUCGGUAAGUUGGCGGCUGAUGAUCUGGGAAACUGGCCUCGGUACCUUAAGCGGGCGGUCUUCUCAGAGAAUAUGAUGCCGAAGAGGACAACAGGGUGCAUUCCGGCAGAGCUCUGGUAUGGGAGGGAGAUUGAUUUCCCGGUGGAAGCCCUGGUUCCUACCUGGAACAGGCUAGAUGACAAUCAGCAUAUGUCUACGGAGGAACAAAUUGCCGCACGUUGCCAACAGGUCGCUAGAAAUGAGAAAGCCUUGGAGGAUGUGGUUAAGCGAGCGAUGGACAGCCGAAUGAGGGACAAAGCAAGAUGGGACCAGGUUAAAGAAUAUCCAGAAGGAGCCGGUCCAGGUGGGGGAAAUGAUACUAGUUAGGAACUCCGCACUUGAAAGCACGUGGUCUGGACAGCUGGGGAAAAGGUUCAAAGGCCCCUACAGGAUCGCAAAGCGGGUAGGACUGAACACUUUUGAAUUUGAGGAUCUUGAUGGUACUGGGAUAAAAUGGUCAUUUUCGG